CAACAUAGUACUACCAAAAGGACUGAAGAUACUAUUGAAAACCAACGAUUUAAUUUAUCACGUGAAAUAACGCGACAACAAAAUGAGAGGGAUGUAUUAGAGGAUGAUCAGCGUCAGAGAAAGAAAGUUAACAAAAGUCCUGAAAAAACUGAAGAGUUUACAAGCGAUCGAAGCACUGCGUUGAUAGAAUUAGAAAAUCUACAAAAUGAACAAGAAGUAGUAGAGUCUGUUGAAACACAGUAUACACAAAAUUUUUCAAUAGAAAGAAAUCUAUUUUCCAUAGCUGCACCCAUAAUUUUUCCUUCAUCUAUCACUUCUGCUUAUGCCGACAAUUCUAUAAUUGUAAGAGAAACUUUGGAUUUAGUUGAACUACAACACGUACACAAUUUUCCAGAAAUGCAGAUACGAGUCACGAACGAUCCUGUCAUGAAUUUCGUGCCAGCUGUUUCGUCUACUAUUGCUGAUGACGUUGAUAUUUCACCAAAUGAAAGAGAAACUAUUGAGUUAGUUGAAACACGACAACCACAAUUUCUUUCACUUGACAGGCAUUCAAAUUCAAUAGUUGAUCCUGCUCCUGAAAUGCCUCCAAAUUUUGCUCAGCUUUAUAUUUAUGAUACUGUGCAUGAAUUACAAAAUAGAUUGUCUGUAAUGCCUUCAUUAGAUAUUUCUGUACUUGCAGUUUUACAGCAAAUAAAUGCUAAUGAGGAUAUCAAUUACGAUGCCGUUAACUUUGAAUGUGAUGAAAUGGAUGAUACUAAUAUUAGAAAAUGCAAGUAUGUCACACUCAUGCAAUUCUAUGCAUACCGUUUACAAGUUCGAGUGGGAAAAGCACUUACAAAUGAUAUACUCGCAAAAGCUCGCAGUGAUGCUAAUAAUUAUGCUCUAGAGUUGACUAAUAAAAGUCUGCAAAAUAAAGCUUUACAUCAUCUCCAAACAAUUCUUCAAAAAAAUGGAAAAAAUCUUUCUAACUUUCCGCACAUGCCUAUUCCAAAUGUACUUCCGAUAUUGCCUCUUUGCAGCCAUGAAGAGCACCAAUAUAACACACUUAUGCUUGCACAUCGUGCUGUUGCUAAUCAAUCUCGACUUAACUCAGACCAGCUUGCCAUCUUUAAUGCGGUAACCGAAGCUGUAGAAACUAAC